UAUUUCUGCAAUGAAAAGAGCGGCCCACGAACCCCAAUCGGGCAAUCGGCCACUCCCCGGUUUAUCCUAAUCCUGGCCUCUUUUAACACUUGGCUCACUAUUUGGAUUGUCGAUUUCUCGUUUCUUCCAAUUGACCAUAUCGCUUAUCUUCCCUGUCAUUUUCUCUGUCUCUCUCCACUACAUAGCCAAAAUCGUAAUAAUUUCAAAUUUUUGAUCUUCAUUUUGGACAUUAGCCUAAUUUCAAAACUGUUUGUCACAGUGUCAAAAUAAUAUGGAAAGCAAAGUGAACAGUUAGCUCCUGAGAAGUUUAUACUCAUGUUGAAUUGAAUGACAAGGCAUUAAUGAAGGAAGGAAACUUCCAAACGGAGUAACAAAUGGUCUUUUGGAGGGGUCUGAUCGAAUUCCUAAAUGAAAUUAAAAAGUUUGCUGACUUAAGGAGAAUAUUUAGGCAAUAGCUGGAAAUAAUUGUUGGUAAUGUGGCAUAGUCUGAUGGCCAGUAACGACUUAAAAGAGUCCCUAAUAUCGCAAUCCUUCCAUGGAAAGGAAUCAAAGAAUGCAGUCAAGAGGAGGAGGUUUCGCCGGGUAAAGAGUGCACCUCUCAAUGAGCUCACCCUUGGAGAAAUAGAUGGCAGUAUUGCUUCAACUAGAAGAUGUGAAUCCCAAUUUGAGAGUCUGCAUCCUAGUUUGACGGGAGUAGCUAUAUAUUUGUUCAUUUACCUGGUUAUUGGUGGUAUUUGCUUUUACUUAGUCAGACAUCAAAUCAAUGGUUUAAAGACAAAUGGCAUAGUUGAUGCUCUUUAUCUCUGUAUUGUCACCAUGACUACAGUUGGGUAUGGGGACCUGGUGCCACAGAGUGUUCUUGGAAAGCUCUUUGCUUGUGCCUUUGUCUUCAUAGGAAUGGCUUUGGUGGGAUUGGUUCUUAGUAAAGGAGCAGAUUACCUUGUUGAGAAGCAGGAGGCGUUGUUGGUUAGAGCUUUGCAUAUGAGACAAAAACUCAGUCCAGGCGACAUAAUGAAGGAAAUUGAAACAAACAAAUCUAGAUACAAGUUCAUCUUGGCAUUAGUAUUUCUAUUGAUACUCGUCAUGACUGGAACAAUCUUCUUGACAUGUGUUGAGAAGUUGGAUAUCAUAGAUGCAUUUUACUGUGUUUGCUGUACCAUUACUACGCUAGGUUAUGGUGAUCGCAGUUUCUCGACAGAAGGAGGUCGUUUAUUUGCAGUUGUAUGGAUUCUGAUGAGCACAAUAUGCUUAGCUCAGUUUUUCCUCUAUCUUACUGAAAUAAAUACUGAAAAGAGACAAAAGCACCUUGUCCACUGUGUUCUUACUCGACAUAUGACCAAUGUGGAUCUUGAGGCAGCUGAUAUCGAUGAAGAUGGAGUUGUUGGUGCUGCUGAAUUUGUUCUAUAUAAGCUCAAAGAGUUGGGAAAAAUUACUCAGGAUGAUAUAUCUCUUAUGAUGGAAGAAUUUGAAGAAUUGGAUGUUGAUCAGUCAGGAACUUUAUCAGUGUCUGAUUUAGCACUAGCUCAAUCAUCUCCACAAGCAAAAGAUUUGACUUCUGAUCAGGGGAGACCUUGUUGACAAGUCAUUUCUGAAAAUAUCCAAGACUUUGAUUUUUCUAUAAUUCUAUAUAUCUGUGAAUAUUCAAGAACACAUUAACUGUGUUAUAAGUGGUUCGAUCUCUGGUUUCACUUA